CGGGGUUUGGGACAUGGGGACAUGGGGUGAGGGGACAUGGGGCCGCCCCACAUGGGGACACACCCUAUAUGGGGCCGCACCCUAUAUGGGGACACACCCUAUAUGGGGACAUCACAUGGGGCCGCCCCGCACGGAGCCCCGCACGCCGCCCUUACGGCGCACCGCCCACGUGGCGGCGCCGCACCGAGCGCUCGCUCCUCCCAGCCGCGAGGGGGCGCCGCCGCUUCCGCCGGAAGUCUCGCCGCUUCCGCCGGAAGUCCCUGCCCCCAAUCCCCGAGUGAAGAUGGCGGCGCCCACGGCCUUGAGGGCGCUGAGGGCGCUGCCCCACAGCCGCACCCCAGCCCUGCCCGCCUCCCGCAGCCUCCACCCCUCCCCGCCCUGCAUGAAGGCGCGGGCGGCGCGGGUGCGCGUGGGGAAGGGGGACAAAGCCGUGAGCUACGAGCGGGCGCAUCCCCCCCAUCACAUCGCCCACCGCAAGGGCUGGCUGUCCCUGCACACCGGUAACCUUGCAGGCGAGCCGUGCGCGGCGCGGCGCUCGGUGGAGGACGCGUUCUUGCGGCGGUUCGUUGGCGGCACGUUUCCCGGCUGCCUGGCGGACGAGGUGGUGCUGAAGCGCCGCGCCAACGCGCUGCUGCUCUGCCUGCUGCUGCUGCGCCGGCUGCCGCCCGCCAAGCUGUGCUUCCUGCUGGGUUACAGCGAGGCGCUGCUGGCCCGGCUCUACAAGUGCCCCGUGCGCCUGCAGGUGCAGACGCUGCCCGGCCGCGUGCCCUACAAGUUCCUGUAGGGCCAUAAAAGGGCGAGGAGCGCCGCC